AUGAUUGUUAAGAGAUCCAUAGAAGCGUCAACCCUUGUCAUUUUCGACGUCAUCGCGCUUCCUUUGGGAUACGCGCUUCGUUGGUGUCUGCACCCCUGGUUGUUGAAAUGGUGUGCGAAUUUUGUUUCUGCAGCUCCACGGCAAGUCCUGCAGAGCGCUGUUAUUGUCUUCGGAGUAUUACGGAUCCUCGCCCCAGUGCUCCAAACUUUGACGCAGUCCUUCAGUGACGAUACAGUAAUUAGCUUGACUUCCAUUUGUUUGCUUAUUCACAUUGCGCUCAAUGAUUACUCUUACGUCUAUCGUAAUCAUGGGACCAUUGACGAGCCCUUGGGUCGGCUAAUGAGCUUAAACGUAGCCCUCUUUGCAAGUGUCCUAUUGGCAUCCCGUCUGAGCACCUCCACUGAAGUCUUUGCAUUCCUCUUUUUUGGUAUCGAAAUUUUCGCCCUUUCUCCCAUGGCCCGGCGUUAUUUGUUGCUGUGGAACCCGUGGGCUUGUACAUACGUUGUCACUCCCGUCCUUCUUCUCCUCACUUCUGCUCUGAUGUACAUCGAAGGAUCAGCGAGUAGCGUCGUUCUCUACUUGUUCCUCAUGUUCUUCAUAACAUUCAUAGGGCCAUAUUGGUUAAUCAGGUCCCAGAAGUACAAGAAGUAA